CGAAAAAACUCAUUACUCAUUGGUUUGCCUUUUACGGAAGCGUUUGACUUGAGACUAUAUAAAUUCAGCGUAUUAACGCGAUUGUAACAGUGUCGUACAUAGUCAUCGAACACAAUCAUGGCGUUGAUAGUCUUGUCUCUCCUGAGCCUCAUCGCGCUUUCUCAAGCCAGGUUUCUUGAGACAUUCAUCGAUCCCAGAAUCGUAAACGGAGAAGAUGCUGAACUAGGCGAGAUCCCGUAUCAGGUUUCCCUACAAACCUCGUACAGCGACUUCCACUUCUGCGGCGGAUCGGUUCUAAACGAGAAAUAUGUUAUUACGGCAAGCCACUGCGUUGUUGAUAAAUCGGCUAACGAUAUUAAAGUCGUCGCUGGCACUGUCGACCUGAACAACCCGAGAUCUACGCACGAAGUCGAGGAGAUUAUCACUCAUGAGAGUUAUAAUCCUUCAGAUUCUUGGAGGAAUGACAUCGCUCUGCUGAGGGUGAAAAAUCCAUUCGUCAUAUCUGAAUACAUCUCCAAAGUUCCUCUACCAUCGGAAGACGACGAAGUAGGAGCCAAUGACGUAGCUAUUGUUUCCGGAUGGGGCAGACUCUGGGAAAAUGGACCCACUACUAACAAACUGCAAAAAGCCGCCAUUUUCAUUGCUGACCAGGACUACUGCAAAAACAAGUACGGAAACAUGGGAUACAACGUCCACACCACACAAGUUUGCGCCUACGACCCAACCACCUCGAGGGGAUCCUGCCACGGUGACUCCGGCGGCCCAUUGACCGUUGGUGGCAAACUCACCGGUUUGGUAUCAUGGGCGAACGGUUGCGCCAGUACUUCCUACCCCACUGUGUACACACGAGUUAAACAAUUCCUCGAUUGGAUCAAGAAUCACGCUGUUUAAAUCAGUCUUAUCCGCUUCCUGCUACGAUUCAUAUCUCAUUCUUUUAUUGUAUAUAUUAAGUAAUUUUUUACGAACGCUAUUUUCGAAGUUUAAAACAAAAAAGCGAGAUAUCGUAACGAGGUGUGUGUCACUGGUUAAACGAAAAAUCAGUUCAUAAGAUAAAUAUUGUAUAUUUCUUUGACGUAAUAAAAAAU